GCGCGCAGCCCCGGCCAUGGAGCCCCUCCGGGGAGGCGGCCCGACGCGGCGCCACCUGCCCGCCCGCUAGACCGCCACAGCCCCGGGACUCUGGCCGCACCCCCGGCCGACUGAGGAUGCAGCCGGCCCUCCUCCUCGUCCUCCUUCUGGGAGGCGCUCUGGCCCACCCGGAACGGAUCACUUUCUCAAGCGCUGCCUGUACAAACCCCCCAGCAGUGCUCUUGGAAGUGCAGGGCACCUUACAGAGGCCCCUGAGCCGGGACAGCCGCAGCUCCCCUGCCAACUGCACCUGGCUCAUUCCAGGGAGCAAGGAGCAGACAGUCACUGUCAGGUUCCAAAAACUGCACUUGGCCUGCGGCUCAGAGCGUUUAGUCCUGCGCUCUUCUGUGCAACCACUCAUCUCCUUGUGCGAGGCGCCCGCCAGUCCUCUGCAGCUGCCAGGAAGCAAUGUCACCAUCAGCUACAGCUACAUAGGGGGCAGGGCUCCCAUGGGCCAGGGCUUCCUGCUCUCCUACAGCCAAGACUGGCUCAUGUGCCUGCAGGAAGAGUUCCAGUGCCUGAACCACCGCUGCGUGCCCGCCGCCCAGCGCUGCGACGGUGUGGACGCCUGCGGAGAUGGCUCUGAUGAGGUCGGCUGCAGCUCAGACCCCUUCCCCGACCUGACCCCAUCGCCUGGCCCCCAGCCGCCCUGCAAUCACACCCUGGAAGACUUCUACGGGGUCUUCUCCUCACCUGGAUACACACACCUGUCCUCAGCCCGCCACCCACAGUCCUGCGUCUGGCUGCUAGACCCCCACGAUGGCCGGCGCUUGGCUGUGCGCUUCACGACCCUGGACCUGGGCUAUGAGGACUCAGUCCACGUGUAUGAUGGCCCCGGGCCUCCUGAAUCGUCCCGGCUGCUGCGCUCCCUCACCCACUUCAGCAAUGGCAAGGCUGUCACGGUGGAGACACUGUCCGGCCAGGCCACCGUUGCCUACCACACGGUUGCUUGGAGCAGCGGCCGGGGCUUCAAUGCCACCUACCACGUGCGGGGCUACUGCUUGCCCUGGGACCGGCCCUGCGGCUUGGGCUCCGGCCUGGGGGCGGGCGAGGGGCUGGGUGAGCGCUGCUACAGCGAGGCUCAGCGCUGCGACGGCUCCUGGGACUGCGCUGACGGCACGGAUGAGGAGAACUGCCCCAGCUGCCCAGCCGGGCACUUCCCCUGCGGGCCCGUCGGCACCCCCAGCGCCACAGCCUGCUACCUACCUGCCGACCGCUGCAACUACCAGACCUUCUGCGCCGAUGGGGCCGACGAGCGCCGCUGCCGCCACUGCCAGCCCGGCAACUUCCGCUGUCGGGACGAGAAGUGCGUGUACGAGACGUGGGUGUGCGACGGGCAGCCCGACUGUGCCGACGGCAGUGACGAGUGGGACUGCUCCUAUGCCCUGCCCCGCAAGGUCAUCACGGCUGCCGUCAUCGGCAGCCUGGUGUGCGGCUUGCUGCUGGUCAUUGCCUUGGGCUGCACCUGCAAGCUCUACGCCAUCCGCACCCAGGAGUACAGCAUCUUCGCCCCCCUCUCCCGGAUGGAGGCCGAGAUUGUGCAGCAGCAGGCACCACCCUCCUACGGGCAGCUCAUUGCCCAGGGUGCCAUCCCACCUGUGGAGGACUUCCCUACGGAGAACCCGAAUGACAACUCGGUGCUGGGCAACCUACGUUCUCUGCUGCAGAUCUUGCGCCAGGACAUGACCCCAGGGACGCCCUCGGGUGCCCGCCGCCGCCAGCGAGGCCGCUCAGUGCGUCGUCUGGUGCGUCGCCUCCGCCGCUGGGGCCUGCUUCCCCGGACAAACCCCCCAACCCGCACCCCUGAGGCCAGAUCCCAGGCCACACCUUCUGCCACUCCUCCUGAGGCCCCAGAGGGCAGCUCGGAUGCAGCCAGGGAGGGUGGGGCAGUGGGUGGGCAGGAUGGGGAGCAGGCACCCCCACUGCCUGUCAAGGCUUCCCUGCCAUCUGCAGGCAUGUCACCAACCCCCGCCACUGUCCCGGAGGCCCCUGGGCCUGUGCCCUCGGUGCCCCUGGAGCCAUCACUGCUGUCCGGAGUGGUGCAGGCUCUGCGAGGCCGCUUGCUCCCCAGCCUGCGGCCCCCAGGACCAACCAGAAACCCUCCUGGACCCCACACCACAGUCCUGCCCCCAGAGGACGAGGAUGAUGUGCUGCUGGUGCCACUGGCUGAGCCUGGUGUCUGGGUAGUAGAAGCUGAAGAUGAGCCGCUGCUCGCCUGAGGGGCCCUGGCUCCCCCAGGAAGCCUCCCUUUAGAGGCAGCUCAGUUUCCACCACCUCCUGGGUCCCUUGUCGGAGAGGCCUGGCUGGGCCUCCCGUUAACCCUGUGUAACUGCUGUGUAGGCUGGGUCCUUCAGGCAAGGAGAGGGAAGGGCACUCAGCCAGCAGCUGUGGUCUCUCCGUCUGCCCACACCACCACCGUUGUUUCAGAAGUAAACUUCUUAUUAAAGGGUCAUGGGCCUGGACACUCCACCCUUGCCAAACCCUCACCCCAAAGUGCCCUUAAGCACCAGAAUGCCAACUGGCUGCAGACCUCUCACCCUCAAGGGCCAGUGGGACAGCCCUAAAGGCUCACCAACCACGACCCCUCUUGUAGGGUCUGGCUCUUGCAAAGAGCACAGCAAAUGCUUUUGUCCCGUCAUCAGGAAAUCCAAGUUGAAAAUAAAGGAACCAGACAUCUGA